AUGGAUGCUAAUAAUGGUCAAAUCCUUUGGUUAACAGCCAACCCUAGCAACGGUGCAGCCAGUGAGGCUGUGACAGUGGUUAAUGGGGGAGCUAAAGGCAUUCAUCAAGGUGAUCACCUCUCUCCUCUGUUAUUUGUUCUCUCUAUGAACAUUCUCUCUAAACUCCUCAAUUUAGCAGCUGCCAAAGGUACUGCUGAUUCUGUUAUUGGGGUUUCUAGUGUCCUUGAUAUGUUUUAUGAGAUGUCUGGCCUUAAGAUUAAUGCUUCGAAAUGUGACCUUUAUGUUGCUGGUAUUCAUUGUUCAAUUCUGGUGGAAAUCAAACUUCUCACUGGGUUUCAAAUUGACAGACUUCCUGUUCGAUAUCUCGGAAUUCCUCUUGUUACCAGGAAAAUUACUGAAAGUGAUUGUGAUGCAUUAGAGCAAGGUGAGGAUAAAGCUGCGAAAGGAGCUAGAGUGAGUUGGCAAAACAUCUGUCUUCUGAAAUCCGAGGGAGGGCUUGGUCUUAAAGAUUUGAAGACUUGGAAUAAAGCUUGUAUGAUCCUCCAUAUCAAAAAUAUUUUAGCAGGCGAAGGUUCUCUAUGGGUUGCAUGGGUCAAACACUAUGUUCUUAAAGGCAACAAUUUUUGGAAUUUUAAUGUUCAUCCCUCUUGUAGCUGGAAUUUAAGGCGUAUUUUUAAACUUAGAACCAAGGCUUCCUCAGUGUUGACUGCUGGAACUAUGAAAGUUUCUACAAUUUGGGAAGCAAUUCGUGAUAACAUACCCCAAGUCCACUGA